GGUCUAACGCACAUCUUUGACUUAUCAAUGAUUUUAUCCUCAAUGAGGCCGGCCGCCUUUCCACUGCGAUUGAAAUAUCAAGACCGGAAAAGACGGGAUUAUGCAUUCCCCAAGAAAACCGAACUUUUACCGCAUUCUGGAAGAUACCUAAGAGAAUAUCAUUUAAUUAGUGCACGCGAUCCAUUCUCGAUCGACAACGAGGUUUAUUCGGCAUCUAAUUGGCAAGCACCGGUAAAAGGAGGUAUAGCGUACGAAUACAACGGAGGACGUGGAUCACCAGAUGCUGGUGACAUCUAUCCAUACGGUGUUUAG